AUGGUGCUGGUGAUCCAGAUAGAGUACACCAACACCCACGACAGCUCGUGGCUUGGGCUCAGGAUAACGCCGUUCAACAACCCCCCGCAACCAACCUACACGUACCGCGUCUUCACCACCGCGGCGAACACAUACCGGAUUGACGACGAAGACUUUCAAUGA